UUCCAAAGCUCACAAAUUCUUUCGAAUUGCAAACUUUCAGAUUCCAAGGAUACAAACAUGGCAGAAUUCCUGUGGACCUUUGCCGUACAGGAAGUGUUGAAGAAGACGGUGAAGCUGGCGGCCGAGCAGAUCGGCUUGGCAUCAGGAUACGAGGAGAAACUCUCUAAGCUGAAGGACUCUUUACUCAUGGCGCAAGCCAUCUUAAGGGAUGCUGAAAGAAUGAAGACAAACCUUGAAUCCCAGAAGCAAUGGGUGAAGCAGCUUGAAGAUAUCAUCUUCGAGGCUGAUAUUUUACUCGAUGAGCUUGCUUAUGAAGACGUUCGACGCAAAGUGGAAAUCGAAAAAUAUAAGGUGGUACGUAAUUUCUUUUCAUUCUCCAAAAAUCCCCUUGCUUUUCGUCUCAAAAUGGCAAAUAAAAUCACAACUGUGGCUAAAAAUUUGGCCGACUUUAAUUCUACACAAAGUCCAUCGGGAUGUGUUGCUACAACAUCUAAUGAAGCUAAAAUUGAUCUUAAUCAAACUCGAGAGACAGACUUAUUUCUAGAUGAAAUUGGAGUUAUUGGAAGAGAAUCUGAAGUAUCAAAUAUAUUGGAUAAACUACUUGCCCUCAAUAACCAAAAAACUCUAGUUGUUUUACCCAUUGUUGGUACCGGUGGGUUAGGAAAAACAACUCUGGUGAAGGAGAUUUUCCAUCAUGAAAUGAUAAGGAAGAAUUUCGAUACUUUUAUAUGGGUAUGCGUGUCUGAUCCUUUUAAAAUCCACAAAAUUUUAAGAGCAAUCGUGGGAUACAUGAAGCCUACAUUUGGUGGCUCAGAUGAAAAGGAAAUCAUUCUUCGAGAGCUCCAAAAUCUGCUAAGUAACAAAAAGUAUUUUGUUGUGCUUGAUGAUGUUUGGAAUGAGGAACCCAUUCUCUGGAAUGAGUUGAGGGCUUGUUUCCUAAAGAUCAAUAAAAAUAUGGGAAGUGCUAUCGUUGUGACUACUAGAAGUGAUAAAGUUGCAGAAAUUAUGGAGACAAAAUACCGACAUCAUUUGAGGCAGUUACUAGAUGAUCAUUGUUGGUCUUUAUUUGAAAAAUGUGCAUUUGAAAGUAAAUUACCAGUAAUUUCUGAUGUCAUUCGAGCACAACUUGUUCAAAAAUUUGGUGGCAUACCAUUGAUUAGGAAAGUGUUGGGAGGAAUGGUGAAAUCAUGCAAGAAUGAUGAGGAAUUGCAAUCUGACUUUGGAAAAUCCAGUGAGAAUUGA